AUGUCUCGGAACAGUCUGUCAACGGAAGACCUCGAGAAGAAGUUGCCUUCUUGGGUCCAAGAGAUUCCUCCCAGUAACAGCAGUAACGAUAUUCCUCUCAUGAGGCACUGCUCAGAGGAUUCUUUCACUAGCAACGAAAGCUCUUGUAGUCUUACAUUAGACAAAAGCUCCACGCACAGCAGUCAAGAACAUCAGUUUGACUGGUGUCCCAGCAGUAAUAGAAGCAGCGAUAGCAGUAACGCAAGUUCUUCCGACUCGGUUCACUCGAUCAUUGAAAACUUGCCGUUGCACGAAGUUCCAGAAAUGGAAGAGUCGGAGACUUCUAUCGGCUCUUCUUCACCCACUUAUUUCUCUCCUCAUCCUUUUCGCAAAAAGCUUGCCAACAAGGACGACGUUCUCCGCAGAUGGAGCGAUUCUGCAGAUGUCAGCUUGCCCACUUGGAUAGAAUCUGAUUGCUCAUCUUCGAGCGACAGCAGUCCACCCACUUCCGCAAACACUUGCGGCCUUGAUCAGAUUCUAGAAGAAGAAGACAGUGGAUUGGAGGAGGAAACUCCACGCAAGGUCUUUCACGCCAAUCCGCAACGAGAACGAUCUGCAUUUUCCGUUGCAGUUUUGAUCUUUUGCGCUAUUUCCGUUAUCUAUUACUACUUUUCUCGGUGCACUCUGGCCGAGAACCUAAAGAACUCGCGAGAGCUUCUUGCUUACACUCAAAAGCUUGGCCUUCAACUCAAAAUUGCCCAGAAGGACGUGGAGUUGAUGGAACUCGAGCUGGCGUCGUUGGAUGAAAUUGAUGCUCCCGCGACUGGUCUGGAGGAUCCCUCUUCUUCCGAAGCUUGGACCAAAGCCUUGGCUGAUCCGGAACGAAUGCGCGAGAUGAUUACUGUGCAACGUUCCUUGAAACGUUCUCAAUAUCAAUCGGAGCACUUGAAGGAAAUCGUAAAAGAGACGAGCAAAGCGGAUGCUAUUUCCACCUAUGGUGCCGUAACGAAACGCGUUCGCAUUGAACUUGCCUUUCCAGACGACCAAGACUUUGCACAAGGUGUGGGGAGCAGUCAUGCCAACAUAGAGCCAACCGUCUUUGUCAUUGAAAUGGCCCCCAUUGAUCUCAUGCCACACUCAGUCUACACUUUCUUGGAAAUGGCUUCGGCUGGACUUUUGGACGGUUGCUCCUUCAUUUUGAAUGCCAUGCACGUAUUGAAAGCAGCGCCAUUGCCCUAUGAUGGAACACCUCCAUCAAUCAAGGCACAAGAGUUCUUGGACAAAGGACUGGAAAGCGUUGCCUUCCGCGAGUAUUCGGCAGACUAUCCUCAUAAACAGUACACUGUUGGUUUUGCUGCCGAUGGUUCUCCUUCUUUUUACAUCAACACGGAAGACAAUUCAGAGAUCCAUGCAGGAUACCCUUGCUUUGCCAAGGUUGUUUCAGGCUUUGAAACGAUCCAUCGCUUAGAGGCUUCUCCUACUCGCAAUGGUCUUUGGUUGGAACAGCGUGUCGGCAUCAAAAAGGUGACUGUCCUCUGA